AAGCCUUCGAGAUGCUCGAUGAGCCUCCGGCCGUGUGAGAGAGACCUGCGUGCCGCACGGAGCUCCGUCCCUUUCUGGACGAGGAAGGGCCGCUAAUUCCCUCGGCCCGGAGAUUUGGCGGCACGCGCUGCUGGUGACUCCACAGUCUCAAGAACGCCCAACGUGUGCCAUCGGGCUCCCACUCGGGAGUACAAGUACUCACUCAGUCGCCAGGGCCUCAUUUGCGCGGCUGGUUGUGCCAGAGCUUUCUGUCUCGCGGCGUUGCAGUCGUGGUCGGAUUUGCGCCUGCGGCCGAGGAGUUCGUGGCGAUGUCGGGCUACAUCAGCGGUUUGGGUGCGUCAAUCCAGCAAUCCAAGUAUGGCAGCAUUGAGGUCGACGAUCUCAAGAAGCCGAAGCUGGAGAAGGAAGUCGGGUUCUUCACCAGGGCCGCCUCUUUGUUUGUCGAUGCCAUAGAGAAGGCCGCAGUGUGGGCAUUGUGCGACCCGAAAGCUCCACCCAAUUACUAUCUCAGCGGCAAUUAUGGGCCUGUUGAUGAAUUCGGGCCAGCCCAGGCGAUUCUUGUCAAGGGCACCCUUCCUGAGUGUCUUUCUGGAGAAUUUGUACGUGUGGGGCCGAACCCGAAGCUCAAGCCUGUGGCGAACUAUCACUGGUUUGAUGGAGACGGAAUGAUUCAUGGGUUAAGAAUCAAGGAUGGAAAAGCCACUUAUGUCUGUCGUUACGUGCGGACUGCAAAAUUGGCCCAAGAGGAGUACUGGGGUGCCUCGAAAUUUAUGAAGAUAGGGGACCUCCAAGGCAAAGCAGGUCUGAUAUGGGCAAAUAUCUUUAAACUGAGAGUGAAGCUUGGUGUGUUGGACACCAGCAACGGAAUGGCUACUGCCAACACAGCGAUGGUAUAUCAUGACGGACGUCUUCUUUCAUUGAGCGAGGGAGACAAGCCUUAUGCUGUCCGGGUUCUUGAAGAUGGCGACCUUGAGACAAUCGGCCGUCUUGAUUAUGAGAAGAAGUUAAAUCACAACUUCACCGCGCAUCCUAAAAUUGACCCAGAUACAGGCGAAAUGUUCUGUUUUGGGUACAGUACCAUUGCUCAUCCGUAUGCAACUUACAGGGUUGUAUCCAAGGAUGGCGUUAUGAGCGAUCCAGUCCCUCUUACUCUUUCUGGACCAGUUAUGAUGCACGACAUGGCCCUCACUGAGAAUUAUGCCAUCUUUUUGGAUUGCCCUCUUUACUUCAAUCCUAAAGAUAUGGUGAUGAAGAACCAGUGCAUAUUUUCUUUCGAUGAUACAAAACCGUCACGUUUUGGUGUAUUACCCAGAUAUGCCAAAAAUGAAUCUCAGAUGAUCUGGUUUGAAGUCACUACUUGUGUCAUCUUCCACAAUGCUAACGCAUGGGAGGAAGGCGAUGAAGUGGUUCUUGUUACCUGUCGUAUCCCAAGCAUCGACCUGGGAGCAAUUGCAGUAUACGACGAAGUAAAAGUGAAGAAAUUUGUUAACGACUUGUGGGAGUAUCGAUUUAACAUGAAGACUGGAAAGGCUGUAGAAAGAAAAUUGGGGGAGUUCCAGUCUGAUUUUCCAAGAAUCAACGAGGAGUACGUCGGCAGGAAAAAUCGCUUUGUCUACGCCGCUGUCUUUGAGGAUGCGACUCACAUCAAUGCUGUUGCCAAGUAUGACUUAACACUUGAACCUGAGCUGGGGAAAGACCAGUUAGAGGUCGGUGGCAACGUGGCCGGUGUUUUCAGGCAUGGGAAUCGUCGCUAUGGAUCCGAGUCCGUGUUUGUGCCCAAGAAUCCUGGCAGAGAAGGAGAAGAAGAUGAUGGAUAUCUCAUGUGUUUCGUGCAUGACGAAAAUACAUCGAUAUCUGAAGUAGUCGUAAUCGAUGCUAAAACGAUGUCCCCUGAACCCGUCGCUGUGGUCCAACUACCCACUAGAGUUCCUUUCGGCUUUCAUGCCAUGCACAUGACGGAGGAACAAGUCCGAAAUCAGAAGGUCUAAAGGCGACCAGUAAGUACUCCUCGGACUCCACGUUUCAAACUUUCCUGUAGAUAGUACAGUUGGAAUCCACCUAUAGAGGAGGCCUUCCCACAAAAGAAUCUGUACAUGGGGUAUGCCAGCAAUGGAGAUGCCAUUUUUGUUGGUGACUUGUAGCACAUAUAAGUGUAUAUGGCGCAGAAGGUUUCCACCCCCAAGGUUACCUCAGCGGUGAAGAUGAUUGGAGAUAUCGAGUUAGUCAAUAGUCAAUAGUCAAUAGCAUUAGAUACAAAGUUUGCAGACGGUUAGACUGCACUGUAUAUCAAAAUGUUUCCUGUUUUUAUCCGAAGAGGUAUUUAUCGAGUCUGAAGAAAUAGUUGUCGUCUGUCCGGCAUAAACGAACUGUCGAUUGGCCCCAGUCAGCCGCUUUUGGUAUAUUCUUCAAGUAAAUACUGUGCGCGUGUGCAUGCC